AUGAACAGUACUACGAAUAGUACUACGGCACCAGCAGAAAUAUGCGACCCGUAUCAUACCUGGCCGCCAGAAAAUGAACGAGCACAUGAUUCCCUGAGGCCAAACAUUUACGCUUCGAGCGUUAUUUGCUGGCUCAUAGCCGCUAUUCUUGUUGGGUUGCGGCUAUACACGAGGGGCGUCAUCAUUCGAGUGUUGGGGCCCACGGACUGGAGUAUCUUGGCUGCUUUGGUGUUUUCGUUGGCUACGAGUGUUGGGACUAUAGAGCAGGCUAUCCACGGUUCCGGCAUCCACGUUUGGGACAUCAACUGUUCGGAUACAGCAGCGGGAGCGGGUUGGUUCAGGGCCUCCUGGUACUCUCUAAUCUUCUACACUCUCUGCCUCUACUUCUCCAAGCUUUCCAUCUUACUACUCUACAUUCACCUCUUCACCUUCCGCUGGGCCCGUCUCGGUGGCCAGAUCCUUCUCGCCGUCGUCACCAUCAGCCACGUCUACAUGCUCGCCGUGUGCUUCACGGCCGCCAUCCCCUUGAAUUCCUACUGGGACUUCACCAUCCAGAGAAAAUGGACGGCGCCCCAGUCAAUGUGGUGGUCCGGCACGGGGCUGCAUAUGGCGACGGAUUUUCUGAUUUUCUUGUUGCCGCUGCCUGUGGUGUGGACAAUCAUGUUGCCCAAGAGGCAGAAGAUUGCGCUUUCCGCAGUCUUUGGGCUGGGUUUUGUGAUCUGCUUCAUCUCCAUCAUCCGCCUUCUCAAGCUCCUCGAAACCUACACCGUCGCAGGGCUCACCUACCUCACCGCCGUCGAGUGCAACGGCGCCAUCAUCUGCGCCUGCGUCAUGACGUUGAAGCCCUUCAUCGUCAAGUACUUCCCCAACUUCCUUGCCUCCCGUUCCCGCUCCUGCAAUGAAAGCAACGGACAAGGCGGAAGACUGAGUGAUAGUAUCACCCCGCCUACCAUUGGAUCAAAGCCGUUCAAGCCUCCGGUAUCAGCGGCAGAGGCCGAGUAUAUGAGACGGGGGAGGACGAAUGCUUGGAUGGAUGGGGGGUAUGUGGAGCUGGAUGAUACGUGGGAGGGGUCGGAGGGGACAACGGUGAAUGAUGUGGAGGUGAAGGAAGGGGUUGGGAGUAAGAAGGAGAAGGAAGGGAAGGAGGAGCAUUCUGGAGUGAGGAAGUGGAAUAGUCUGAGGGACCACCACCACCACCAUCCGAAAGGGAGUAGGAGUACUGGAGGAGAAGGGGGGAUCCAAGUGAGGAAAUCGGUGCAUGUUACGGUGCAAGUUGAGCAGUCGAUGGAGCAUGGGAAUGGGAGUGGAAAUGAGAGCAGAAGUAGGGUAAGUGAGGUGUAUGAGAAGGGGACUGCGUUGUGA